AUGGAGGUCUUUGGGUUGAAGAGCCAGUCGCUGCGGUACAAAAUGGACGGCUUUGGCAGCGUCCAAAUGUAUCUCACGCCUCCCGAUUACUUUGACCUUGCCGCUCCGCCCCCGGCAUCCCACGGCCUCGCCCAAGCAGCAGCAGCAACAGCAGCAACAGCAGCAGCCGCCACCGCCACCACCGCCAUGUCCACCAGCACCGCACAGCCCAAGACGACGCUCAUCGUCGGCGCCUCGCGCGGCAUCGGCAGAGAGUUGGUGCAGCAGCUCGCGCAGCAGCAGCCCCGGGGGCAGGUCAUUGCGUCUGUCCGCAGCGCCGUCGAUUUCGGCGGCAGCCCCAACAUUCGCUCCAUCACCCUGGACCAGUCGUCGGCCAAGUCGAUUAGCGAGGCGGCGUUUGGCGUCGCCGCGCUCGACACGCUCGUCGUCAACGCCGCCGUCGGGGACGACGAGCGGCUCCUGGACACGUCGGACGAGCGCAUGGCCGAGUACAUGGACGUCAACGUCACCGGCGUCUUGCGCAUCGUAAAGGCCUUUUUGCCGGCGCUCAAGGCCCGCAAGACGCGGCAGAUUGUGCUCGUCUCGUCCGCCUCGGGCUCCCUCACCCGCCAGGUCAACGCGCAGGCUGGAUUUAAAGGUCCCUAUGCCGUGUCAAAGGCGGCCCUCAACAUGGUGGCCGUGCAGCUGCACAAUGAGCUGCACGAGUCGGACGGCUUCACCGUCGUUCCCAUCCACCCGGGCUGGGUCUCUACCGACAUGGGCCGCAUCGGCGGCGACGGCGGCAUGCCAGUCUCCAAGAGCGUAGCUGGCAUUGUCAAGAUUCUUGACAAGUUGACGCCGCAAAACUCGGCCACUUUUUAUAAUUAUGACGGAACGACUUUGCCAUGGUAG